AGGGCAGAAGAGCUGGGUUUGAGACGCACAUAGAAACAGAGACACAGUAAGCUUUCCGACUCGCUGCUUGUGAAGAGAUCCCCCGGCAUGGAGUCCACAUCAACCCACACAGCUUUCCUGCUCCUAGCAGCCCUGCUGGGCACUUGUUUUCUGGGAGUCCAGACCAAGUGCUACUUCCAGUCUCGAGCGCUGUGUGAGCAUAACGGUGUGCAAUACGAAAUCAGCGAGUCGUGGAUGGACAGCAACUGCCUGCUCUGUACCUGCCUGCACCCUGUGGGAGUUGGCUGUUGUGAGAUCACUCAGCACCCCAUCGACUUCCCUGACUGGUGCGAGGCGCUGUACGACCCACAGAGCUGCCAGAUCACUGUGGUUCAGAAGGCGAACCCGCGACUGCCCUGCGUGAGCAGCACAGAGUUUGGGGGCAGCACCACCACUGCUGCCACCGUCCAGGAGGGGCCCUUUCACUUCAGGGGCCGCAAGAGGGGCUAGUGAGAUGGGCUUGUCAUCCCUCCCUCCCUUUUCUUCCCUACCCAACUCAAACUAAACGCAAACUGCAGCACACACACCACAUAUAGACUUUGCCUUACACGUUUGGGUGGAAAUCAGGGACACCAGCACUAGGGAUGUUAAGACUCUUAAUUAAUUUCCUAAAUGUCUACUUCAGGAUUGAAUAUGUUUAAAUGUUUGAACUUCAAAAACGUUAGGGAAUUUUAAUAACCAAUCAAAAAACUGUGGUUUCGAUUAUUAUUAAUGACGCAUUGCUACUGUAUGUUAAUCUGCACAAAAUUCACUUGGACUUGGAAAAGAAAAUUAAUAAUGAAUAAAUAUUGAAUAAAUAACUUCAAGCUUCAAAAGCCCUGGUGUGUAAAUCGACACCUAUAUUUGACAAAUAUAUCUUUGAGAACGGUUUACCGUACAGGGACAGUUCUAAAUGGUUCACACUUGGAAGAACAAUAAGAAUUUAAACUAUUAAACAUCCCUAACCAGUAAUAAGGAGGUCAAAUCACUAUGUCCCUGUUAAGUCAUACUAUAACUCCAGUUUAGCUGGGCUUAUCUAGAGUAGUAACAGUGCAGUUUAUAUUUGGACUGCCAAGAACAUUUUUCUCAUAAUCUCCAACCCACAGCUGCAUUUCUAUUAAUGUUUUGAGAUUCCCAGGUCACACUGGAAUAAAACCACAUAUAGCGUUAUUGCACAUUCUCUUUUCAUUAUAUACAGUAUCUAUAUAAGGAUAUCAUUAUUAUUAUUAUAAUAUUGUACAGUACUGGA